AUGUCUGGGAGGCGCCGCCGUCGGCACCGUCGCAGACGGAGGAGGCACGCGUUGUCCCGCUCCAGGAGAGCCGAGCUGCAAUUCCCGGUCAGCCGCGUGGAGCGUCUCCUGCGAGAGGGUCGCUACGCCCCGCGCCUGAGCGCGUCCACCCCGGUCUUCCUGACCGCCGUUCUCGAGUACCUGACGGCCAACAUCCUGGAGCUGGCGGGCAAGGUGGCUCUGGACAGCCACAAGAUGCGCAUCACCCCGGAGCACGUGCAGCAAGCCCUGGGCAGCAACCAGCACCUCAGGGGUCUCCUCGAGAACACCACCUCCCCUCGGGUGGACGGGAUGCCCCAAGUUCGGAAGUGGUGA